AAAAUUAAUUCUUUUCAUCACAUAAAAUAGAAAAGAACUACAUUUAAUUAACUUCUCAUAUAACUCGCCCUGUUCAAAUACAAUAGAUUAUAUUGAUUAUUGAUCUAUCAUUAUUAAUCAAUAACAAACAUUUAAAGUAACUAUAGAUGAAUGAAUAAACGAAUGAAUUAAUGUAACAAGAAGAAGAAGAAAACGCCGACGACGACAACAACAACAACAACGAAGAAGAAGAAGAACUUCUGAUCAUUGAAAUCAUCAUCUUCAUCAUUGAAAAGAUCUAAUUAAUUAAUUAAACAUAUCAAUGUCAACAUUUUCAUUAGAUCAAAUUCAUGUUCAAUCUAUUGAUGCUUAUUAUGAUCCAAAUAGUAAAACAGAAAUCAUAGAAAAAUUGAAUUUUUUCAAAUAUAAAAGUCAACAUUUUCAUUGUCAUAUUAAAUUAAUGAUAAAUGAUAAUUGUAUAAUUAAUCAACACUAUUGGACUAUUGGUUUAGUACAAGCAUGUUAUAAAAAUUAUAUAGAACAAUGUUAUAAUAAUUAUGGUAGUACAUUAUGGGAAUUUCAUCCAAUUAAAACAGGACGACAUCAAAUGAUUAAUGAUAGUGAUGGUAAUCAAUAUCCAUUUUAUGAUAUUUUUCAUAGUAACUAUGUUAUUCAUCAUGGUUAUAUAACAAAUAAAUUUAUUCAAUUACAUUAUAAAGAUUAUUUCUAUCCAACAAUUGCAUGGCAACUACCAUAUUGCCAUGGUAACAAUAAUAAUGUACUAUUAACUGAGAUUAUAAGAAGACAACAAUUCACGGUAUGGUUAUUAGCAAUAAAACAUGGUCGAAAUUAUAAAUCAGAUUCAUAUAAUCGAAUUAAUAUUGAACAAGAUGAAUUAUAUAUAUUGAAUACAAUCCAUUGGCAAUAUAAAUUACAUAUCAGAUUAGAUCCAUAUCAACCAAUUGGUAAACGUUUAAAAUAUAUUGAUGAUAUCCAGUAUGAAAAACCAAUUAUAUUAGAUAAGAAUAAAAAAUUACCAUUAUCUGCUAUAAAUCCACCACAUUGUAAUGCAGCACAAUCAUUAAUUUGGUAUCCGAAUAAUAAAAAAGAUCAACCAAAAUUGAUUAUCCCACCGAAACAAAUUAUUGUACCAUGGAAACAAUGGUUAAAUGAUAUGACAUUAAAUGGUAAUGAUGAAAUGAAAACACCAAAACAAUGUCAAUUUGUUGGUGAAUUAUUACAUGAUAAAAAAAUCGGUAUUAUCAAUCCGUAUAGAAAUGAUCAGAAAUUAUCAACAGAACUUGGUCAUUUACGAUCACGUUCAACAGGUUGAACGGGAUCAUGAGUACAUUUUACAAAUUCUUUUCUCUUUUUUCUUUCUUUCUUUCUUUCUUCUUUAAAGAUCAUAUUUCUUGUGAAAAAAAAACAAACAUUCAUUUCAAUGAAUGAGAUACAUUACUUUUUUUGUAAGAUUUUUUUUUUUAAUUAUUUAAAUAAUUUCAAUGUUUCGUCCAACAAACUUGUUUGAACUUC